UUUCUGUUAAAUGAAUAAUCGAUGGUCUAUUUCUAACUAAGCUCCCUUGUAGCAAUCUCGUUACAAAUAGGAGAUUGAUAAUUCGAAUGUGCCUAAUAAUCAACCUGCUUAUCAAGUUAAAAAUGAUGAUUAAGGGAGAUAACUAGGCCAAAAAGAUAGCCCUAUUACUUCGUAUAUAUAUUAUCAAUAUCAUUUUAAAAAGUGAAAAUAGAUAACGAAUAAAGAGUUCCUACGAUGUAGAAAAAUCAAACAUAUCCCACAAAUACCAAAAAAGUAUAGUUCCAUAUUAUCGACAAUAGCUGAGGCUUCGUAUUCCCCCAUAAUAAAGUCAACGUACAAAAGAGACAUUUCUCCUCAAUUUUAAAAGACUGAGAAUUAUAAAUUGAUUGAUUCAUAUGAAGUUCGGUUAAUGAAGCUAAGUCAAGAGAAUGGAUAAUUAUAAAGUCAAUUAUUUUCAGAUCAAUAAAAAUACAACUAAAUAAUCAUAGAUUUUGAGUUACAAACCAAGUGCUUGGAAUAAAAGCUGCAUACUGAAAUAAUGAAUUUAUAAUAGCAUAAAUUGUUAAUCCAGAACAAGAAUGAAGAAAUCAAUGCAUAAACCCAAGAAUUAUUGAAAUUGGAACAAAAGUACUUCGAUUUAGAAACCAAGGUAUUCUUAUACUAAUAUUUAAAGAUGUUUCAACAACAAAAAGACAUGGGAAUAUUAAAAUAAACAAAUGAUUCCAAAACUAUAGAAAUUGAUGCCCUAAGAUAAUACAUUAAGGAGCUUUAGGCUAAGAAUGCAAGGGAUUAAGAGGAAUUAAAACUUACAACUGACAGUUCUAUUCGUAUCAACUAUGAACUAUAGAUAAAGGAAAUUUAAAUGCAACAUAGUGGUAACAUUGCUAGAUUGAAUGAUUUAUUACAAUAGGAAUAGUAGAAAUACAAUAGAUUACUAAACUAAUUUGAAUAAUAAAUGAAUGAUUUAAACUAUUAGAAUGUCAAAUUGAAUGAUAUAAAGAUUGAGAAAGAUAAAUUAUUUGAGGAGAAUGCUCGAUUGUAAAGGUAAUUAGAUGAAAUUAAAGUACAAUAAUAAGAACUCUUGAGAGAAUCUGACUCUCAAAGGGAUAGAUAAAUGCAAUAAGAUAUAAAUCAUUAAACUACACUAAAUGAAUUGAAGUCUCAUUAUGAGUAUAUGAAAAAAUCUUAGGUUGAAAGGGAAGUGAAGGAGGUUACAAUGAAAUUUUAGGCUGAAAGAUUGAAUUAUGAAUCUUAAAUAAGGUCUUUAAAUCAAAGGUUGUUAGAGUGUGAGGGAAGGAUAAAUUAAAAGCAAGAAGAGAACCGAUAGUUAUAGCACAAGCAAUAAGCCAUAGAAUCUGAAUUGAGAGUUUUCGUUUAGGAUCAUGAACAUUAUAAGAGGAUUAAAGAAAAUGAAUUACAAGAAUUACAAAAUGAAUUGUCAAAAUAAAGAUAAUUGUAAAAUGAUACAUAGUUCAAAAACUAAAAUUAAUAGAAUGAGAUCUAGAGGUUGAAUUAAAUUAUUAAUGAUUUUAAAACUGAAAUUGAUCUAGUAAAAUCUUAAUCUCAAGAAAUUUAAAAGCAAUUUUAAAUAGAAUAUGAAAAUGAUCUAAAGAAUUUGAAAUCUAAAUAAUAAUAUGAAAAUAGAUAAUUAUAGGAUCAAAUCAAUGAUUUGAAAAAUGAGCUCUAAUAAUAAGAAUAGGCUCUCAAGUAAAAAGAUGAAGCCCUUCAUCAAUAAAAGUUAAAUUUAUCUUAAAAGUAAGGAGAAAUAGAUGGAUUAAUCUUGAAAUUAGAAAAUUUAGAAAAGUUAAAGGAUCAAGAAAUAAAUCAAUAUCAAAGCGAGAUUGAUAACCUUUAAAGAGAAUAAAAUUUAUCCUCAACCAAAUUAGCUAAUGAAAAGAGUCUCUUAGAACAACAAAUUAAAUAAAUGAAAUAAAGAUUAAAUGAUUUGGAGACUUAAUAAAUCUAAUAGGAGUUUAACAAUGAACAAGGAAGGCAAGAGUUAGAAUAGAAGCUAUAAUAAAAGGAAUUUUAAUUGCAAUAAAUAUAAAACGAUAGAAAUAACAUCAAUUCUUAGUUGACUGUUUAUAAAUAGAAGAUUGAGUAAUUGGAUUAGAUUAUACAAGAAUUAAGAGAGUAGAAUUAGUAAAUAAGUUAAGAGAUUGAGGAUUAGAAACAAUAGAAUGAAACUGAUAGAGCUUAAUUUGUAAAGAAAGAACUUGGCUUGGAAAAUAAGAUAUAACAAUUGAAAUAACAAAUGUUACAAAGAGAGUAAGAAUUGUAAUAGUACAUAAAUGAGUUGGACUCUACAAAUAAUAAAGUGCGAUAAUAAGAGUUAAUUACACAAUAAAGUUAAGAUGAAUUUAGAAGAAGGGAGAAUUAAUAUGUUCAGGAAAUUACUAAUUUAAAACAACUUAUGGAUACUACUCAAUAAAGACAAAGUGAAUAUUAGAGUAUGAGAGAGACAUUGUAAGAACAAGUGUAAAGUUUAUAAGAGAAAAGCUAAAAUAAAGAAAAGGAAGUGGAAGAACAAGCAUAAAAGUAUGAAGAGCUAAAAGAUUAAUAUAAUCAACUUAUUGAAGAGACAAACUUAAAGUUAGAAUAUUAUCAAAGAAUAGAAUAUGAGAGGAAGGAAUCAGAUUUGAAAUAUCAAGCAGAAUUGGUAUUUAAUUAAGUUAUCAUUUUAGAAUGCUGCUUAAGACAGGAUAAGAGUUUUGGAAAUAGAAUCGGAAACUCUUUAACUAAGAUAGAAUCAACUUCUUAAGGAGAGAAGGGAAUUAGAAAAUUUAUUGGAUGAAAAAUCAAAAGAAAUUGAAUAACUUAAAAAUUAACUCAAUUAGGAUUACAUCUCUAAUGAAGAGUAUACUUCAUUAUAAAGAAAGUUUAAUGAACAAACAGAAGAAUUGCAUUUAUUAGAAUAAAAACAAAUUAAAUUUGGCACAGAAAAAAAACAAUUAGAAAGAUAAAUAGACAAAUUGAAUCAAGAUAUAGAACUUAAAGAUUAAGAACUCUAAUAGACUGAUAAUUUAAUGAAAAAAAGAAGAAGUGAGUAGGAUGAGUUAAAUAGGAAAAUUGAUUAAUUAACUAGAGAUAACGCAAAAGUAUCUCACGAUUUAUCAGACGUUCAAGCUUCAUUAGGUUCUAAAAUUGACUAAAUAAAUGCUUUGAAGAGAGAGAACGAAGAUUUAUAGAUUUAAUUGGCAUCAGCCAAGAAAUAAUAUGAGAAGGCAUCAGAAUAAUUGAAUAAAAAGAACUAAGAAUUACUAGAAAAAUUUAAUGAUGCGGAAAUUAAAAAGUCAUAUUCUUCUGGUGAAAACACUGCUGCCAAGGUUGUGACAGCAACUACAAUAAUAAAGACAUCCCAAGUGUAACUUAAUACUCCAUUAAUUCCAGAAGAGGAGGAUGAGAGUUAAAAAGGAACUGAAAGAUCUGAUUAAUAAUUUAAGGUAACAUUAUAUAAUUAUUUAAUUAGACUUCUCAAAGAACUGAAGAGAAGUGA